UCAUCAUCAAACGAAAAAAGUAAUGAUAAUGAUGAACCAUUAAAAAAAAAGAAAAAAGUUGAACGUCAAUAUGUUAAAGGUAGCGAAUCAUCCCAAAAUCAUGUAUUAUAUGUUUUUGACCAUUUUAUUUCAAAAUCACCAGCCAAAAAAAUUAUAAUUGUAGCCCAUAGUUUUGGUGGUGUAAACACAUGUCAUCUUUUAGAUAAUAGAGCAGAAAAAAUUGAAAACCGUUUAGCAGGGAUUGCUCUAACCGAUAGUGUUCAUUCAAUUUCAAGUAAAUCAAAUCAAUUUACCAAAUCUUUCUUUGGAAAUCAAGAUAAAACUAUAAACUUUAUUCGUAGUGAAGAAGAGGUUGGGACUGAUUUGGGUUUCUCAAAACCACAAGGUUGUAGAAUAGCUUCUGCUGGUCACACUAUUCACGAAUUUACUUCAGCUUUUUGUAAAGUUCCUUUAUUUAAUUUUAUUUUGAAAAUUAUUAAAUAA